AUGCCGGGAAUCUCUGAUAUACCUGUAGAGGUCUUUGAGCAGAUCUGCUCCCAACUCCGAUGCAAUGAUGACGAACUGAACGAAAAGGAGUGGAUCGCAUGCCAAAGCACCCUUCUCAGCAUCUGCAGAGUGUCAAAGGCCUUCUACAAGCUCGCAAGACCUCACCUGUAUCGCCAGAUCUUCUUUGUUGCGGAGAAAUGCAGCGACAUAAAGUUCUUCUCCCUUGUCCGGGCGCUGGUCUCUCAGCCCACCCUCUCUCAGCAGGUCCAAAGUCUGCGCAUAUCUUAUGCUCAAACACCCGAUCUAGAUGACCGGAACUGGUGUGACUACGAGGAAUACCGCACGCCUUACAGCAUUGCAGACUGGAACUUCCUCACCAACGCCGUCAAAGAUCGAUUGCCUUGGUUCACUUUCUGCCCUCGAAAUCCGAUUUGGGAAAACACCAACAUAACCGUCACGGAGAUCCAAAGUCGUGACUCCGAUAUCGAAUGCUCGUUGAAAUACCUUCAGGCGAAGAAACUUUUCCUCUACGGAGAAGACGCGCAGACGCCUUUUCGGCUCUGUGGAAGAAUGUUUUGGCAUUGGUACUUGCCCUCGACGCUUACGGAUCUAUGCAUCAGGAACUGCGAACUAGUUCUGGCUGAUUCUGGCGGCUCUUUCUUCCCAGAGACCUGGAGCAUCAAGAAGGUUUCCUUGGUCGACUGCACAAUGUCAUCAGAUGUCUUGUCUGAAUUGACAAACGACGUCUUUCCAUUGGAAGAGUUCGAGUAUGUCGUGAACUCCAAGUCCGAGGACAAAGUCGCCCUCGUUACUGCUGCUGAGACCAUCGGCCGCUUGAAGUCGUAUUCCGCCUCUCUCGUCAAGCUUCGACCGCGGUUCCGACUAUCUGAUGGGAAGCCAAUCCGAGAGGAUGAAGAGCCCUACAAUCCCUCGGACUUCUGUGACUUCAAGAAGCUCAAGACUCUUGUGCUUCACCUUGUGGACUUUGGGUUUCACGACGACCCCAACUCGACUAUUCCGGACGUCAGCACGCUGGAAUUCCCCAAGAGCAUUCAGGAUCUCAGAUUAAACGAGGUUCUUUGA